GCGAAUGCCGCCAAAAGCGUGAACCUUUUAAAAAAUACACCCCUACUAGUGGUUGCAGCAGCAGAGAAGAGAGAGAAGAAGAUGGCGAAGGUAGAGAGCAGCUGCGGAUCUUCGCGAUGGGCUCUCAUCGGAAUGAAGGCUCUUGUCACUGGUGGCACUCGUGGAAUCGGGCAUGCGAUUGUGGAGGAACUAGCUGAAUUAGGGGCUACGGUACACACCUGUUCUCGCAACGAAGCUGAGCUCAACCAUUGCUUGCAAGAAUGGACCGGUAAGGGUUUCGCAGUCACCGGUUCGCUCUGUGAUGUAUCGUCUCAAGACCAACGCCUACAGCUCAUGGAAAAGGUGUCUUCUCUUUUCACUGGCAAGCUCAACAUCCUUAUAAACAAUGUUGGGACAAACAUAAUGAAGAAAACCGCUGAGUAUACAGCUGAAGAAUAUUCGCAACUGAUGGCUACCAACUUUGAAUCUACUUACCAUUUAUGUCAACUUGCAUAUCCUCUUCUAAAAGCAUCUGGAGUUGGAAGCAUUGUCUUCAUUUCCUCUGUUGCUGGUCUGGUGCACACUUCUUCUGGAUCCAUAUAUGGAGCAACUAAAGGUGCAAUAAAUCAACUGGCAAAGAAUUUGGCUUGUGAGUGGGCUAAGGACAACAUCCGAUGUAAUUCUGUUGCACCCUGGUAUAUCAGAACGUCACUCGUGGGGGAUACGCUAGAUAACAAGGAGCUCCUAGAAAAAAUUAUAUCUAAAACCCCUCUUAUGCGGGUUGGAGAACCAAAGGAAGUCUCGUCCCUGGUGGCAUUCCUUUGUCUACCUGCUGCUUCUUACAUCACAGGGCAGGUCAUUUCUGUGGAUGGAGGAAUGACUGUGAAUGGCUUUGAACUGUGAGUGGUUUCUUACGGAACUACUUUACUAGAAAAGAAGAGUGCCAAUAAGCAAGCCAUUUCCCCCACUCCACGCACAGUGGAACAAUCCUAAAACACUUUACUUUGUUGUAAAAUGUUCCUAGUGUUUUUAGUAAAAUGUUCCUAGUGUUUUUAGUAAAAUUUUAUUUCAGUAAUGCACUGUUCCUGACUGGUGAGUGGCAAUGAUGCACUGUUUUUAGUGAAAUGUUAUUUCAGUAAUGUGUGUGUGUGUUUUUAGUAAAAUGUUAUUUCAGUAAUGCACUGUUCCUGACUGGUGAGUGGCAAUGAUGCACUGUUUUUAGUAAAAUGUUAUUUCAGUAAUGUGUGUGUGUGUGGGGUUGGGGGUUGAGGAAUUGGUCUUAGAUUUGGUUAUCAUGGAUUUUUAUUUUUUAUUUUUUUUAACAUAUGUAACUGUGUUAUUUUCUUUUUCAUAUUAUUGAAUAUGAUUUUUUUUUUUAGUAUAUUUAAUUAUAUGAACUCAAUUUUGAAAUAAGAAUGAAUAAUCUAAAGAAUUAUUGUGAAUAUUCUAUUUAGAAUCAAUUUUUUCCAU